AGUGGACGAUGAUACGCGAAAUCAACGCGACCAAUUAAAUGAUCCAUCAUCGUGAUCCACCAUAGAAGAAUAACGACAUCGAUCAAAUUCAAUCCUCUAUUUGAUCAAAUUACUGCGAUUACUGAAACUACUACGAUUACUGAGAUCGUUGAUAAGAUCACAGAGAGGUUUUCAAGGUCGAAGAUAUAGCAAACGAGGAACGAAACUUCACGCGAUUAAGAAAGGGAUUUCACGGAACCUGGAACCAUCGAUGAGGAAGAGGCGCACGUGAACGAUCGACAUGCGACAUCCCGACAUGCGUUUCACAUUGAUCCUGGCAAACGCCGCGAAAAGGUGAUUGACAGUUGCUCGUGGUCCCACAGAAAGAGUUGUGGGAAGAUCGAGGAUGGAGCUGAACGCGUUCAUCUGUGUCACGACUGUGGCGAUAGCAUCGAUAGCCUUGAUCGACACGAUAAACGCGAACCCACCGUACUACGUGAAACCCAUCGAGGACGAGAACGACUAUGCUCGUGUCCUGGAGCUUUCGCUUUUGUUUUACGAGGCGCAACGAUCGGGGAAGCUGCCGGAGAACAAUCGAAUCCCAUGGAGAGGGGACUCAGCGCUAGACGAUCGAGGUCUGAACGGGGAAGAUUUGACAGGAGGCUACUACGAUGCUGGCGAUUUCGUGAAGUUCGGCUUCACAAUGGCGUCGACGACCACACUGCUGGCAUGGGGUGCCGUCAGUUGGCCAGAAGCUUACAACGCGGCUGGCCAACUAGACGAGCUUCGCGAAGCCAUCAAAUGGGCCACAGAUUAUUUCAUCAAAUGCCACGUGAGCGAGUACGUUUUUUACGGACAAGUUGGUGACUUUUCUCUGGACCAUACUUUCUGGGGAAGGCCUGAAGAACUGAACACCACCAGACCUGCCUACAAAAUCGAUCCUGAACAUCCUGGCUCAGAUCUGGCAGGCGAAACCGCGGCUGCCCUCGCGGCGUCCAGCAUCGUCUUUCGAAACCACGACCCGGAAUACAGUACCAAAUGCUUGAAACACGCAAAGGAACUGUACAAGUUUGCCAGUAGAUAUCGAGGCCUUUAUCACGAGGCGAUCCGUGGAGCAGCUCAGUAUUACGAAAGCACCGACUAUGGCGACGAGUUAGCAUGGGCAGCCGUGUGGUUGUUCAAGGCGACGAACGACACGAUGUACCUCGAGGAUGCCGAGCAUCAUUACCAGCAUUUCCAUCUCAAAGAAAGGCCGAACGAAUUCUUUUACAACAAGAAGGUCGCUGGCGUUCAGGUUCUAUUGGCCCAGAUGACAGGACAGCCGGAAUAUCAGAACGCGGCGCGAGCUUUUUGCGAUUUCUCGGUGCGCCAACAAAAACGUACACCGAAGGGAUUACUCUAUAUCGACAAGUUCGGCACCCUCUGCCACGCGGCGAACGUCGCGUUCGUUUGCCUGGAGGCGGCCGACUCGCCCGAUAUCGGCGACCCGCAGGAAUAUCGUGAAUUUGCGGAACAACAAAUUUACUAUAUGCUGGGAGGGGGUGGCAGGAGUUACGUGGUCGGCUGGGGCCGAAAUCCUCCGAAGCAACCGCAUCACGCUGCUUCAUCCUGCCCAGACAGGCCAGCCAUCUGCGGAUGGCCCGAGUUCGACAAGGACGCUCCCAACCCUCAAAUCCUGUAUGGCGCCCUGGUCUCCGGACCCGACGAGGCGGACAAGUUCCACGACCAUCGGGAGGAUUACGUGUACACGGAAGUCACGUUGGAUUACAAUGCCGGAUUCACGAGCGCGUUGGCCGGUUUGCUACAGCUGCGAGUGAAGAGCACCGCGUAACGACGCUUCCUCGUGUUUGGCCAAGGAUCCAGGAACUACUUUGCUCUCUCAACUGGAGCAACUCGUCGAAACGGAGAGGGAAGACUUCGUCGUGAUCUGUCUGUGAAUCGUCAAAUAAGAACGAUUGGAUUUACGAUGAAGAAUCUGUAGUCGGAGCUCGAUGAAAUUCUUUCGAGAGACUCGAUAGAGGUUUGCCUCUGCGAGCUGAUGGGAGUAGUUAGUCAAACGUUUUGAUUUUUGUAUCUCUCGAGUAAAGAGAUCCCUGUACUCUGGUAAUAUUAACCCCUUGACUACGGCAAAUUUUGAUACGCAGCGGCCGGCAGGAAUUGAGUUACGAUGUGCGCCAUUUUUGUGAAAACAAGCGCCCUCCAUGUCAUAAAGCCUAACUACGUCAAGCGUCUAUAGGUGCCCUCUGUGUCACAAACGCAAAAUUUCUAAGCGUUCAUAGGUGCCCUCCGUGCCACCAACGCAAAAUUUCUAAAUGUCCUUAGGCGCCCUCUGUGUCACAAACGCAAAAUUUCUAAGCGCCCAUAAGGGCCCACAGUAGUCAAAGGGUUAAAGCAAUUUGGCAGAGAAGGCGACUUAUUCUCAAUAAGAGUAUUUAUGGUGACUAUGAAUCGGGGGUUCGGGGGGUUCGAAUAGAUAGUCGCGGCCAUGAUCGAUGCGUCGUUUCUCUUCGGAUUGGAUAGAUAUUUUAUUAUACACUUGAGGGUUUGACGAAGUUGGAUGGAGUUUAAUUGCAACUGAUGUAACGUUUGUUGAUGCGAGAAUGAAAUUUUGUUCCUCAUGGACGUAUAUAGGAUUUUAUCGAACAGAUGUCUAGUUGAUUGUGGCUUUAACAGACCGACUCGAUGAUGUAUAUAUAAGGGUUGCAUAAGGGUUGAUGGAUGUAAGGAGUCUGGUCCUUUAACGAAGAGUAAUAUACGUUCUAAAAUUAACACGAUUGAAGGUAUUACUCGGUUAUAUCGUACGAACUUGAGAACGAAUUAAGGUACCGUAGGUAUGUAUAUUUUUUUGAAAACUAGGCGAAGAGUUUAUUUAACGCGUUUCCUAGAGAUGUAAGUGCAAUCGGUUAUUCGAAUUGAAUAAUUUAAAUA